AUGCAUCUUAUUCUCACAGGGGCAACUGGGCUAGUCGGCUCUUCAGUGCUCGACGCCAUGCUCAAAAACGCAGCAGUUUCUAAGAUAUCGAUCCUGAGUCGAAGCCCCGUGCGAAUGGCAGAAGACGCAAAAGAUCCACGAGUACACAUCAUCACCCACAAAGACUUUGAAUCAUACAAGCCAGAGCUACUCGAUCAAUUGAAAGAUGCGGAUGGAUGUGUUUGGGCCCUGGGGACAAGCCAGACCAAUGUCACCAAAGAGGAAUAUGUCAAGAUAACGAAGGACUAUACACUGGCAGCUGCCAAUGCGUUUUCCACAAUCAAGCCAUCAAAUCACCCUUUCCGAUUCAUCCAUGUAUCUGGCGAAGGAGCCACUCAGACUCCUGGGCGAUUCUCGCCGAUCUUUGCAAGAGUAAAGGGGGACACUGAACACCUUCUCGGAACGCUAUCAGAGCAAAAGCCGACCAUUCGGAUCGAUAGCGUGAGGCCUGGAUUCGUUGAUUCGGCAACGCACGGUGCCAUUAAACCAUAUAUCCCGUCUUCUGGCCCAGUGAAUGGAGUUGUCUCAAAUUUUGUAUUGGGUUUGCUUGCCCCGGGGAUACGGUAUUUCAUGAGGUCGAUGCAUUCUCCAACGGAGCACCUGGGGUCAUUCUUGACGGAAAUGGCUAUGGGACGCUAUGAAGCAAAAUUGCAGGGCCCGGGGGUAUUCAGACUGGGAGGAGGUUAUGUCGUUGAGAACUCUGCGGUGCCCAAGUAG